AUGAAGGCUUCGACGCCUUCUUCAUCCCCGAAAAUUGAGAUUGAUUCCGACUGGACAAGUUUCAUCAAGCCGGCAGCUCUGCACCCACGGCCCGUGUGGAAAGAAAACGUGUACCUGCAGUAGGCUACCCCGCAUCAUCCAGAGCGCAUCAGGGAGAUCUCGGAUCGAACUGGGCCGCACUGACAAAGGUUCAUCAAUACAACUUUUACCGCAUCACGUCCCGGCAGCGGCGACUACACACUCCAUGUUUACAAGGGCGGUCUCAAGUCCCAUGUCUGAUUUAAUCCAAAUCCAUAUCCAGGCGCAGAAAGCAAAACGAAAUCCCAAAUUGUAA